AUGACAGAAUCCCGAAAAGGAGUUGCUCUCCGAGAGCUCUACUGGAAAACUCUAGUUCUAGGAAGCCACUAUCCAGCAGAAUUCGAUGGAGGACGGUUUAGAAGCACGCCGGGAGAUUCAUUCCCAAUGGACGUUGUGAUUGGACUAGACAAAAUAGCCAAUGUCUAUAAGGUUGUCAUUGAUGCUGACGAGUCUUUUACGCCUUCUCGCGUUACAAUUCGAGUUGGAAAAGGGGAUUUGGGUAGCGAAGUGAACUACAAAAACGCGAGAAUCGCAAAGUAUCAGAAGCCUGUGACCUUGGAAUUCUUCCGAAGAGAACGAUCUGCGAGUCGAUUGGAGAGCAAAAACGCCUUCACCGACGCCGUCGGUCAAUAUGUCUGGAUCACCAUCGAGAAACCCAUUCCACUAUCUCAAAAUCCUCACGGUCAAAUUGAAAUCCGAAAACUAACAGUCCUCGGGUACCCUCUACCUGAAGAAAUGCUCCGGGGAGCCCCCAUCGAAGAGCAGAAAUCGAUAGAAGAUGACGUGGCAAGUCUGAAAAUGGAGAAGUUGGAAAUAGAGCCACGUGGAGUUCCGAGAAAAGAGCAGAAAGUGGAGAGACAUAGCUACGAAGGCGACGGAAUGUCAAUGAAAUCGGAGACGAAUCUCAGUGGUGACCCGUUGACAUCAAUCCGAACGAUUCGGAAAGUUCUCGAGCAGAAAAUGGAGAAGGCAAACUUCGACGGAAAGACAAUUCAGGCUACAGUAUGUCUACGGGCGAUACAGAGAAUCGACGAGUAUGAGGCGAGGAUUGAGGAUUUGGCGACGAGGAGAAGCAAGGCGUUGGAAGUUGGAGACUUGAAUAUGGCCGAACGUCACCGCCUUGCAAUGAUCGACUGCCGUGAUACAGUAUUCCGGGCGGUUCAUGUGGACUUACUACUCGAUAGAGAUGAGCUCCGCGCCAUCGGCGUCCAAUCGGAAUGGGCGGAUAGAUAA